GCAGAAGAAGGACUUCGCUUCAGUUCAUCUCCUCCCGGCAUGGGAAAAAGGGAAGAACACUCAUCUCCCCUAACACUAUCUAGCUCAAAUCUUCCAACUGCGGACAUACUAUCAAGUAACCGGCACUUCGUAAAUUACACCAGUGCCGGUUACUACAGACCACUUCCUGCGUGGCUACUGCCUUUUCCGCCAUAUCCAGAUAGCGGCCAAUAUCUAAGAAACAUUCAAGCGAAUGCUGGUUACCCGACUCCUUUCAUGACUACAAGCUCCGCUACGAGUGAAAGAGUUGAUAUAGAGGAACCACCUGAAUGUAGAGAAACUGAUAUUUCAUGUACCUCUUUUAGAGUUGAAGAAAGUCAAGGAUUUUCAAGGGCAAUCAUUCUGAUGGAUUUGUUGAGUUUGUUUAUCAUUUUGAGACUAAUGAAGAAUGUUGGUUACCUGACUCCUUUUAUGACUACAAGUUCCGCUACGAGUGAAAGAGUUGAUAUAGAGGAACCACCUGAAUGUAGAAAAACUGAUAUUCCAUGUACCUCUUUUAGAGUCGAAGAAAGCCAAGGAUUUUCAAGGGCAGACAUUCUGAUGGAUUUGUUGAGUUUGUUUAUCAUUUUGAGACUAAUAAAGGUCCUCUAA